CAGAACGUUCCAAAGAUAUCGAAUCAAUGGAAACAGCAACUCGCACAAUGGAAAAAGUCGUUCAGCCGCUCAUUUCUGCGAUUGCAGACGCACAAAAGCUCUUACUGAAUUCCGCGCACGAAGCCAUUUUCGGCGGCGAAAAGGAUCUUCUCGACGCAGGAUUCAGCGAUGGAGGAGAUAUGUCGGAUAUCGAACUCGAAGCCAUUUCGAGCAAAGUGAAAGCUUUGAAAAAAUUGGUCAUGGUGCCGCAAGCUGAUUGGAAUAAAAAUGAAAUUGCUGCGGCGACUAGUGCGUUGACGGAAGCGAGAGCCGAGUGGAAUAAGAAGGCGAGUGCUGUUGAAGCGGAGAAGGAGAAGGCUGAGGAGGCGCGUAAGAAGAAGGCUCAGGAGUUUGUGGAUUUGCAGGCUCAGUUGCUACAGGAGGCUGAAAGUGCCAACGCGGAAAAGGCUGCUGCUACUGAUGGUAGUGGUGGUGCAGCGCCAGUUUCGACGCCCGUUUUGCCAAUGCGUUAGGUAUGGGAAGACUGGAUCUUCGUAUGCUGUAGUGGACUUUUUUCCUGUUUGGAUGAGCUUUUCGAGGCGAUCUACUCUCUCCCGUAGAAUUCAACGAGCUGAAUAUUAGUUAGCCAUUGCCC